UCUUUAUUUUAUCUACAGAAAAUGGAACGUUAACAAAUAUGGCGAUUAACUUAUUCUUGCUUCUUGUCAUUUUAUUGUGAUGCUCGUUGUGUAAAAAGUAGUUUUAGCUGCGAAAAAAUGGCUGACACCGGACUACGUAUGAAUUUUGCAGCUUUAAAGAGGGCAGAUCCAUAUGCGCGGGAAAUAAUCGAUAGUGCUACCCACGUUGCUCUGUAUACAUUCGAAGAACAAGAAUGGGAGAAAACUAACAUCGAAGGCGCAUUGUUUGUGUACAGUAGAAAUGGUGAACCGUAUCAUAGUUUGGUAAUUAUGAACAGAUUGAAUACGAAUAAUUUAAUUGAACCAGUAUCGAAAGGAAUAGAGUUACAAUUAAAGGAGCCUUUCCUGCUUUAUAGGAACUCCAAGUGUCGUAUUUACGGCAUAUGGUUUUACGAUAAAGACGAAUGUGUUAGGGUGGCCACAAAGUUGAAUUCUAUAGUUAAAGAUUCGAUGAAACCGGUUGAAAAUAUGUCUCAAAAUCCUGUAUAUAAUCCACCUACUAACUCUAGUGCCCCAGUUGAUAUAUUUACAAUGCUGAGCAAAGCUCAAGAUGAUUUUAAAUCUAACAAAGGUAUAACGAACAAAAAUGAAUCGACACCGUCUAGAGCUCCUGAUAUGACGUCGCAAAGCGUAAUGGACUUUUUUGCUAAAGCUGGUAGCGGCGCCGCUGCGCAAAUGCCGGCAGUGACUUCCCUUCCGUCACCUGGCGUUUUUGGUCCGCGGCCGUCCGAUUCUCGCGAAGGUCCGUUGCUUCUGCAAAGGCUGAUGAGUAACCCUGCACAUACAGUGGAACACAUAGAGAAGCAACAAAGGUCAGUCACUCCCCAAGAGAGUCAAAAUGCUAAUGGUGGCAUUCCUUUGGACACUGCAAUGAGGCAGAAUAGUGGAUUCCCACUAAAAUCCACACCAGUUGACUCACAAGGCCAGCAAAGGAUAUCCAAUAUGCAAAAGAUGCCGCUAGACACAGUGGAUGCUAAUGGUCCCAAUCCUUUAGAGAGUGAACUGAAUCUAAUGCACAUUUCAUCACCCAAGCCGACCUCACCAUUGGCAUCAUAUUUGAAUCAAUCGCAGGACCUUGGUCACCCGGUAAGCUCUUACAAUGGUAAAUUUGAAGAAGUGGGAAUGUUCCCAUUGGGUAAUCCUUUAGCUGCUCAGCAGAAACCAGCUCUGAUGCCUCCAACAAUGUUCACCGUUACCUCGGGAGGUGAUGUCCAGCCAUCACCUGAACCUUUGACUAGGAAUCAAUUACUUCAAGCUUUCAACUAUCUUCUUAAACAUGAUGCUGAUUUUGUUAACAAGUUACAUGAGGCUUAUGUAAAAUCUUUUUCAGAAAAAGCAUUUUCUGUUUCGUAAUUUGACUCAAAGCUAUUGUUAGCAAUCAACAUGUACAGUUGUAAUUUGAAGUAUGAGUUGUUUAAAUGAUGUUGCGUAGACCCUCUCUAGUUUUAUAGCAACUUAUUUGGAAAGAUUAUUUUUAAAUAAGUUUUAAACGUUUGACUGUGUCAUUCAAAUGAUUAUAGAGAAUAAAUUUUAGUAACAUCACAAAUUAAGAAAUUUAUCUGUACAAGCUGUUUGUGAUAUAUUCUUGAAUUGAAUGUCUAUGACUAUAAAAUAUAGUAUAGAAGUGCUACAUCGACCCUAAUUGCAGGUAAUCUGUUACCUGAAAUUGGUAAAAUUAUUCAACUGUUGCUCUCCUUUCUUUACAAUGGACUUAGUAUAAGUUUUCUAUUACAUAUUUUCAGUUAGAACUACCAAUUUGACGUAAAAAUGCUGGCUGGCAAUUAAUUUUUUUCUUUAUAUAGAUAUUUAUGAUGAGUCAUCUCAAAGAGAUGAUGACAAAAAUUUAUGACAGUUUGUUGCAAUAAAACAUAAAAAAAGUAAUGGUAUUUGAGAUAAUUAUAUUGCUUGAUUUUAAGGACUUGAAAAUACUAUUUUUAGAAGGUAGAAAUACUUUCGUCCGGUUAAAUUUUACUCAUUGUAUACCUUUAUUUCUGAUAAGAUUUUGAAAAGUCACAUGUUUUAUAUUUUACAAAUUCUUAAAACUUUUCAACAGCAUGUUACUCGUUUUAGAAAAUCGUAAUUGUUAUAAUAAGGAAUAAUUUUGAUAAACAAAAAUACAGAAUACCCUGCCCGGGAGUCCAGUGAGCGAAUAAUUAACUUAGUAAGCCUAUUUUGUGUACAUAAAAAAGGUUGUGUAAACAUCAAUAUUUUGAAUGAGAUAGUUUGUGUAUAUACGAAGUAAUCCAUGGUUUAAUUAGUUUAAAAUAUGCUUCAAACCUACAUAAUUCAUUUAAGAAAAAAAAUGCAAUAAAACAAUUAUUCUUUGGCAAAUUCUUUGACAUAGAUUAAUUGUAUUAUAAUUUAUUGUGAAAAUCCAUCUUUUACAAUAGUUUUCUAAAAUACAAAUAGAAAAAAAAAUCUAACAUCUUGAAUUCAUUAUCUUCAUUCAUAGUUUCACCACAAACUAUUUAUUAUAAAAAAAAAAUUGUUUUCUUUUCAAUCAUGCACACAAUUUUCGUUUACUGAGAGUAAUUAAAAAAUAAAAUAAAAAAUAUAAUGACAAACUGGAGUUAUACUCCCUUAUUGUUAUAUUUAAAAAUACCCUGAUGCUUGCAAUAUAUGGCCUACACGAUCUUACAUUUUUUUUUGGCAGAAAAUGUACAAAUCAUUAGAAAGACAUUGCAUCAAUAAAAAGCCUUCAUGAAAUGUUUGUAGACAAUGUAAAAAUGUGAUUUUGUGAACAAUUUUCAUAGAAACCAAAAUUUAAACAGAUUAUUGAAAUUAAAGGUUUGAUGAAGUAA